ACAUUCAUCAUUGCGCUGAAGGUCCAGCACCUAGUGUCUCACAGACACACGGGAAUGAAGGAAAUCUGUGUUCUAACUGGUUUUCAGAAUGAACUAAGCUAUAAUAUCGUACAAUCAAGUGUGCCUACGCCAGUUGUUUAUCGACACCUCGACUAGAAAAGACACGUUGAUCUCUUAGCGAUAUCGUGACAAACAAUUACCAGCAUCUUUCCGUUGCAAUGUGGUGCCGGAAGUUCUUAGAUACCCCCCGACGUUUGUCGACGAGCAUUUUAAGAGAUUUCCACGUUAGUAGUACUUUUUCUUCCCAAAAUCUUAAAGAAAAUAAAGAUAAUACCUUGGACACAGUGAAGAAACCGCCGAGGAUAUUGAUUACUGGUGGUCUCGGGCAGUUAGGCACCGAGUGCGCGAAACUGCUCCGAAAAAAUUAUGGCAACGAGAACGUGAUACUCUCCGACAUAAUCAAACCGACCGAGGAGAGUCUAUCAUCCGGUCCCUUCAUCUUCGCCGACAUUCUCGACUUCAAGGGCCUCCAGAAGAUCGUGGUGGACUACAGGAUCGAUUGGUUGAUACACUUCAGCGCUCUCCUCAGCGCUAUCGGCGAGCAAAACGUCCCUCUCGCAGUGAGAGUUAACAUAGAAGGUAUGCACAAUGUGAUCGAGCUGGCGAAACAGUACAAGCUGAGGAUAUUCAUUCCGUCGACCAUCGGUGCGUUCGGUCCCGAUUCACCGAGGAAUCCCACCCCGAAUGUCACUGUCCAAAGGCCCAGGACAAUUUAUGGUGUCAGUAAAGUACACGCCGAGCUAUUGGGCGAGUACUAUCACCAUAGAUUCGGUCUUGACUUCCGGUGUCUUCGAUUUCCGGGGGUCAUCAGCAGCGACCCACCCGGUGGUGGAACCACAGAUUACGCCGUAGCGGUGUUCCACGAGGGAUUAACUGCCAAAAGAUACGAGUGUUAUUUGGAGCCUUACACUAGGCUGCCGAUGAUGUACAUAGAGGAUUGUCUGUCAGCGUUGUUUCAAUUCUUGAACACUCCGAACGAAAAAUUGCAGAGACGAGUUUAUAAUGUCACCGCGAUGAGCUUCACGCCGGAAGAACUGUUCAGCGAGCUUAAGAAACACGUUCCCGAUUUAAAGAUUACGUAUAAACCGGAUGGACGACAAUGCAUCGCUGAAAAUUGGCCGCAAGUGUUCGACGAUAGCGAAGCGCGACGGGAUUGGGGGUGGCGGCACAAGUACAAUUUAGAGAGACUAGUGGAGUCAAUGAUACGCGACGUGAAGGCGAACUUUUUAUCGAAAAAGGCAUUGAAAGAGGUCAAUAGCUACGUAUAAUGCGACAACGUUUAGGAAAUGACGCUCUUGGAGUAGACAAGUUAUAAAAAUAUUAUUUAUUUUACAAUAAAUUCGUGAUUACAAAAAUUGCUAGGGUAUCCUUAUUUUCAUUUACAUGUCUUCACACAUUAACUGGGCAGUAAUUUCAUCAAUUUCAAGAGUAUCUAGUCUUUUCGGAGUAGCUCUCGUUGCCCUGGACGGUGUCAUGCUGGUCCUUUCCACUUUCCUUAGCGGUGUACCACUACCACUUUUGUCUGCGAUUCUCGAAGGCGUACCGAUCGAUCUAUCGAUAUUCCUCGACGGGGUAGCGAUGUUUCGGUCUCGUCUCGUGGGAGUGUUACUCACUAAUCUCUCGCUGAAUCUUCCACUUUGUGAGAAUUUUUCUUGGCUAUCGUGUUCUACAAGACAAGGAGAGGUAAUUUUAUUUAUUUAUUUAACCGCUACAGUUCGAGUCGAUAAGCGACAUUUUAGAUUUUCACCUGUAGAUUCAUCUUUGGCCAAUAUGGCUCUACUCUCUACAAAGUAUCCAUUAGGAUGAAUAAUAGGCUUGUCCGGUAAGCGAGUAUGUAAAACUUCGAAGUAUUUGGUGCAAGCAAUAAGAUAAUGGCCAUGUUUCGAUAGAUCUGCUAUUUCAUUAAUAUUUGUUGCGGGUAUACCGUAACUACACAAUUUUUGUCUUAACGAUUCAGUAUCCAUGUGCCUGUACGGGCAACCAUGAUAGUCCCCAGGGCCUACUGACGAUGUUAUAAUUUUUGUACAUCCCAGAGGAGUGUAAUUCGUUUGUUUACCCUCUUUACCAAACAUGUGUCGUACCGUAUAUGAGUAUUGUUUUUCAAAUUUGUCUGGAUCUAUUUUUUUUGUGAACUCCGUUCUCCAAAAACGCAGUGUAUCUUCCAUUGUUACCCCUAUACCUUUUAUGAAUAAACCGUACUGAAUACGCCCACUAUUUCUAAGAUGAUGAUGAGUCCUAAGUGCUUCAUGUAAUGUUCUCAUACACAAAGGAUAGGAUGUUUUCGAUAACUAAAAAUUAUCUUGCAUUACACAAAAGCAAAACUUUGUGGAAUAAAUGAAUUACCUCGUCCAGUUUAUCUACGGGUGUAUUAUUGGUUGUCCAAACAACACGAGUCAUACCAGAAAAAGAACCAGGCAGAGAUUUGAGGAAAGACAUUAAUCUUUCAUCAUCGGAUAUAUUUACAAGAUAAUUCUUUGCAUACUGUGUAAUACAAUGCAUUUAAUAGAUUUUGAAGGACUUACUUUUAAUUAUAUAAUGUAUGUAACAGAACACUUACCUCCAUACCAUCAAUCAAGGAUUUUCUAAAAUAAGAAACAAAUAAAGAGACUAAAUCUAUUUGGGGAAUGUAUGCUAUUCCAUUUGCUACAUAUACUCUACGUGAUCUAAUUAGGUCAAUGACCUUUUGAAAAGGUACUUUAUAAAAUUCAGAUGUGUCAAUAUUUGAAACUUUUGAUGUAGAUGAAUGAAGCUCUUCCCUAAGUUCAUCUUUUUCUUCUCGAGUAAUCUGUGUAAUAAAAUGUAUGCCAGUUAUAUCAUUAACCAUUCAAUGGGUCAACUUUAUUCCAUUAAUUUAUCUCUUACUUGUUGGCAUUCAAUGUUAUGAAUGCUAAGCAAUUUCAAUACUCCUGUUGGAUCUAAUGAACUAAAUCUCAAUUUAAACAAUUCUACCUCCUGAUUAAUAAACCACAUCUGACGAUCUGGUUCUUGACAAUAUGACAAUCUCAUUAUAUAAUGGGAAAAAUGAUCUUUUUUUCUACAUUGUAAAUCUGUUUCUGUUGGCGACUUGCACCCUUUUCCAUAUAAAAGAUGUACAAAAUAUUUAAGCCCAUCUUUCCCUAAAGCUGUACUGAGAUUUUGUUUACGUUCCUCUGGUAUCUUUAAAUCUGUUCUUACUGCAGUAUUUUCUACAUGUUGUAAUACUACAAAGAAUCACAUCUUUCUUCAGUAAACUUAUUCUAAUCGCAUUCAUUAAUUAACUUCAAUUGUUAAUUCCCUAUUAAGUGGACACUUACAUUUUAAUCUUUCCAUACCCAACUGUUGAAACUCCACAAAUGGAAUUUCACCACUUGGAGGAAAGUCAUACAUUUGUAGAUCAUGGUUAUAAAUCUCUUGGAGAUCAUUUGCCUCAGCAUUGACUGUAUAUCGUCUUCGUUUAGUGUACUCCAUUUUCUAAAGGAAAUUGAAUAUACAGUGUAAUACUUCACCUUCGGAUAUGUUGAACACAGUAUAUGCAGUUUCAUUUUAUUACAUUAUUUUUUAAAAACUAUUAAUAAUAGAAAUUUAUAUUAUAUAAUUAUGGCAUGCGAAAAAAACAUAUACACUUACCAAACGAUAUUUUAUUUCCGGUAAAUAAUCAUUCUUAAUACUUAUUCUACGUUAAAAUACUAAAGAUCACACACCAGAGUUAAGCAGCCAUAAUAACUUCACUGUGUUUGGCGCGCUUUUUUCCCGCGCUUAUUUAAAAACAUACGAGAAAAGCAUACGCCAUUAUUAGAGGUAAAUGAGUAUAAAAUAGAACAUCGUAUGGACGUUUAUUAUAUAUUAUUGUCGAUUUAUUGUCAGAUUUAUACAAUAAAAUUAAUACACGCUGGCAUGAAAAAAUAUGCUCUAUUUUUUUCUGUAUCUAUUUUAUAUGAACAUCUAAAUUCUUUGGUGACAAACUGUCAUCCUCAGUAUCGAAAUUCUGAACGAUAAAAUUUGUUACUUCAACAGUGAUAAAUUCGAUUCUAUUUAGUAUAGGUGAUAUGUUUUUAAAGUCAUCAAUAGUGAUAUCAGUUCUGUCGAUUACUUGUUUCUCGUAUAAGCUCACAAGUUUUGGAUACAUCGAAUCCCCUGGCAGAACAUGCACAUUCCCAUUUUGGAGCUUCACCCUUAUCUAAUUAUAUACAUUUAAUUAAAUCACUCUACAGUUUCUAGUAGAAAUGUAAUAAUUCUCUUACUUACUGGAAAAGUUAACCGCACGCCUUUUUUAGUACGAUCAACCGCAAAAUCUAGCAAAUCAUCUAUACUUUCAAACUUUGCUAUUCUCGUGAUUUCGUACGCUUGUGGUGGCGGUACUGUAUUAACGGAAGUAGACGAUAGAUGAUUGCUAGGUGUAUCCCACUAUAUUGGACAAAAAAAUGAAUCAUAUAUUUCCUAGGUAAAUCAUAUUAUUAACACAUUAAGUAAUCUCUCACUUUAACGUCUUCUAUUUCCGUUGACUCGCACACGGUCGGAGGUACGCUCUGCAUACAAGCCAUAUAAAACACCGUAUCAUAUCGUCUAUUGAGGAAAAAACUGGGUGUCAGCCAAUUGCUCCAUUCAUAAAGAGCCCACAGAUCAGGAUAGCAUUCAAAUUUCUCACACAUGGAAUAAAAUUUCGUGGCAUCGAGAUGUACCUUCUCUUGCCACUCGUGUAAUUCAUUUUCUGGCACUAGAUAUCAAUAAUAUUAUAGUUAAAUGACAGAGCAGUAUACCGCAUUCUUCGAAAGUCUCUCGAAUUGCGUUAAUUCUUAGGGAAAUUUCUCUAGGCAAUUCGUUCGAUCGUCGUUUAAAGAUCUGCGGUCGCGUUGCGGCAUUGGGUAUCAAAGAGGCAAAGCUGUUGUUGUCGAAUCCGAACGAGGAGAAUAAAUUUUGCCAUUUAAGGUCCGUGUCCGAUGGAUGGAUUACACCUCCGGGGAAUACGUAGGCGCUCGGCAUAAAGUUUGAGUUCCGGUGACGUUUUAGGGACAGCAGAUCGUAAUUAUACUGAAAGUAUACGUAACUUCCCACGUUCUUGAGUUAAUCCCGAACAAUUGAAUUUUUCCGCGUUCUUUUAAUGUCAGCACGACAGGUGACGAUUGACGUAUAUAUUGUUGUGCGCGACGCGCUGCUAAGAUUAAACUAGCAGAUUCUUUAAAGGCUUUCAUUCUUUUCGUUUUAAAGGUACAAUUGUAUGUAAAGAUGUAAAAUUUACUAUCACAUUUAGCAAAAUAUGAGAUGUUAAGGUUACCGUUCUAUGGACGGAUGUGAGGACCUACUGGAUUGGACGAAUUACGAUACGAUUUUAAUGAUCUUAGAUGAUAACGAAUGAUUGUAUGUGUCAUUCAGUUUUUUUAAACGAAUCUAAUCAACAGGUUUAAGAAUCUUGUUUACAAAAUUUGACCUGUAAGGCUUUAUAAGUAGUUGUUUAGUUUUUUCUAGAAUUAGACUUUUUUAUUAGAUAAUAAAAAAGUAACAACGUGGCGAUACUCGUUCGUUCUCACACAUAUAUAUUACUUUAUUAUUCAUAUUUAUUCUGUUGCUGGCUGUUGCAAGGAGGUUACAUGUAAAUUUCUCUAUGAAAUUAAUUUAUGAGAAUAUCCACAGCAUUACUUUUAUUAUUAUAUUAAAUAAAUAUAAGCUAUUAAUUCACUUUACAUAAUUUUAGUUAACGAAUGUCUCAUUGUAAAAUAUUCAGUAAAGUUUAUGUA